UUGGCUCAUGGCCAGCCUGCAACAGGAGUACCCCCUGGUCCUGCUGGGUAUUCUGGAGGAGCUGGCCGCUAUGCGCCACUGGCUCUCCUUCCAGGAUCUGUGUCGAAUGGUCAGCACCCGCUUCGACCUGCAGCACCUCACAGAGCUUAGGAGCCUGCUGUUCUCCGCAGCCUGCCGUGACCCAUGUUUCCCCGCCACCCUCUUCAGAGACAGGGUCACCCCCAAGGGACUGGGGACAUCCCCGAUAGGCGUGGCAGCUGACAUCGUCACUAUAUUCAACCUCAUUCAAAUGACGGGUGGGGCUCCCGAUGAGGCCCAGGCUGCUCAGCCAAUAAAAGCCAAGCCCGCCCCUCACAUCGACCAAUCCCCAGAGCCCUCUUUGCAAAGCUCUUUGCCCAUCACUGAUGAAGUGAGAUUCUCCAGAUGUGAUAGGGUGUGUACACUUUCAGACUCUCAGACCAUCUCAGGCCCCAUCGACCCAAGCUUGCUCUGGCCCAAAUCAAAUUACUCGUUCCGCAAGCGCGCCAGUCUCCCUCCUGAUCCCCUCUCUCUUGUCUCCUCAUCCCCUCCGAGCCGUGCCAGGGCUGUGUCUUUCGACUGGCGCCACAACACCCCACUGUUCGCUGGCAGCGGCAGCAUCACAGGCAUGCAGAGCAUCUACCUCCCCCUGGAGACGGACAGCGAGUCCUCCAAAGAUUCCCUGAGCGGAGACUCGGCACCCAGAGAUCCCAGAUCGGAGCCGGGAUCGGAGCCGGGAUCACAGCCGGGAUCGGAGCGGCAUUCCUGCAUGAAGAAGAGAGACAUCUUCAAGAAGGACUUCCACAACCAGUCGCAACUGGUUCCCCAGGUGACCAUCAGUACUGAGUCUCAGACUCCAAGAGGAGGAGUAGGACGAAGAGGGAGGCAGGAACUGUUUUCCAACCGCAGCUUUGAACUGCUAUCCAACCCGUAUCCUUCCCCCACUGUUGGUCGGUCUUUGCCGGAGCGCCGGGCCAAGCAUGAAAGCUUGGACGACCUCCAGGACUCCACAUACUUUGGCCCAGGGGAUACUAUUCAAGAAUGGUCCUCCCUCCACCUCCAACCCCCCAGGGCCCAGAGGCCAGGGUGGGCCGACAAGAGCCUGAGUCUGGAUGACAGGGAGGUGGGCUUAGCAGGGGUGGGUUUGGAUGGCUCCGAGGGCUCUCUUCAGGUUAGACUCACUCCUAGCCCCACUACAAACAACGUUGGUGGCGGGUUGUCCCCUCCAAAGGGAUGGGAGGGGAACACCAUUCCCGCACUUGGAGGAGGGGGGUUGACGGCCUGCAGCAGGGGUACCCAGACCGACACCAUGCCGGACCCCCGGCGCCUGCGGAGCCUAGUGCACGCCGACCGGCUGUCCUUCAUGACCUCGAUGGAUGACCCCGACAUGAUGGGCGAGGAUGACAUCAGCGCCAUCUUCCGCUUCCUGGAUGACAUGAGCAUGUGCGGCUCCACGGGGGUCCUCCACCCCCACGACGUGGGCCCCUCGGCAGCCCAGGACACACCAGAGGCACGACGUGGCCGCCUGGGCCAGCUCCAGAAGCUCUUUCACUCCCUGGAUGGCAGUGACGAUGGCGGCCUCAAGGCCAGCGUAUGUAAACUCCUUCUGAGAAUGGGCCAGAUCGAGAGACGCCUGGAGUCGCUGUCCGAGGUCAAGGCCGAAAUCUCCCAAGUUCUUUCCUUCCUCCAGCGACUGGAUGAGAAGAUACAAGAGCAGGCCAUUAGAGGAGGAGGAGGGAGUGGAGGUAGGUGGCUGGGACCGCCCAGCGGUGGUGGGUCUUCCCUGGGUAGUCUGAGCCAUUCGCUCACUCCUGGGUCUGGUGGCUCCUCGGAACCCCAGCCCCUGUCUGUGUCUGGGCAUUCGUUUGGCAGCCUGGACUUCAACCAGUGGGGUAGCAGCCAAGGGAAGACAGAGACAAACGGAGGUCUGAGCGAGACCGAAGGGGGGAAGAAGGGGGUGUUCUCUCGGCUGGCCUCCUCCAAGCCUGAGGAGAAAAAUGCCGUAGACACCAAACGGCCGAGCGUCGUCUCCAACUUGUCUGCGCGGGAUUGGACGGUGUCGUUCUCGAAAAGUAAAGAUGGGAAGGCCCAGCCCGGGAAAAAACGGCAGAUGGACCAAUCAAAGAACUCCACCCAGAGUCAUAAGCUCCCCCUUCAAAAACACUCCCACCUGGUGGAGCCAGUAUUCAGUUCCUCUCUCUUGCGUCAGAAGGGUGGCGGGUUGACCAAUCCUGGGUUGUCCUCUGGGCUGCCCUGUGACCCCAGAUUGGCUGGGGGGAGAGGAGGAGCCCCGGUCUGGACCGUGGAGGACAGAGAGGCUAGAAUGUCCCCUCUGGAACUGCAGGCCCAGGAGUCUCUAAACCCCAAUAAUCUGGAGUUUUGGAUGGAGGACAUCUACACGCCAGGUUACGACACACUAUUGAGGCGCAAAGAGGCUGACCAGCGCAGAGCCAAAGCCUGCAAGCUGGGGGCGCUCAUCUUCACAGCCGUUACCAUAGUCCUUGUCAUCGUCAUCCCAAUCGCCACAAUGAGCUCCUGAGGCUCUGACAGGAAACCUCCAAACAAAGACUGACAUGAUUGGUUGAUUAGCGAUGACGAGAUGCAGGGAUUCUGAAGUCUGAAUGCAGUGUUUAUCUGAUAUAUAACCAUUUUUUCAUACAACGAUGUUGGGGACUAGUAUGCCCUACAUAUACCAUGCUUUGCACCACUUCUCUCAGGAGAGAGUAAUAACAAAAGACAAAGCUAAACUAAUGCAAACUCUUUGUGAAUCCCCAUGUUAUCACAGUCAGUUAUGCCCUUGAGUGCUAUUUUGGCCUUAUCCUUUUGCCCACAAACCGUACAGGGCUCAUUUCUUUCAAGCACAACUGAAAAAAUUAUAAAUUGUAAAAAGCACAGCAUUUGUCUACUGUCUAACUUUGAAUGCCUUUGUUUCUCAUUAAGCAGUAUGGUGCAGUAAGUUAUGUUGAAUAAAACAACUUUGUUGUCAUUGUGGUUUUUCAAGUGGGAAAUCUGGGAUUUCUGCUAUUUUUCGCUGGCUAAGGCAAUGUAUUUGUUUCAUGAGAUAUAUGCCACCCCUGAUUGC